UGAGCUCACAGGAAAGGUGGAGAAACCAAAGCUUUCCAUAUAAAUAUGACCCCUCUCCUAGUGCACAGCACAUUCAGCUUCAAGUGGAUCUCAGAUCACUAGCCUCCUCAUCACGGCUCUCUCCACCAUGAAGGUCGUUGGGGGCCUCAUUCUGUUCUUCAUGGCAACCUGUGUCUGCCACAGCUUGGAAGUGACCAGUCACCCUUCACCAACGGUGGACUGUGACAUAUACAAGAAGUACCCAGUGGUAGCCAUCCCCUGCCCCAUUGAAAACAUACCAGUUUGUGGUUCAGACUAUAUCACCUACGGAAAUAAAUGCAAGCUGUGUACAGAGAUCUUGAGGAGUAAUGGAAAAAUUCAGUUUCUUCAUGAAGGGCACUGCUAACUUCCCCAUGGACAAAGAAAGAACGAUGAUGCCUUCAUGGUGUGCAGGCGUGUGGGCUCUGGUGAACUUCUCCCCUUUGCUGAUGUUCUAAGGUGGCGUCGGGGCUAGGUUCGGUUGUCCUCACUGACAGCCCCUGUGCUCAUCCCUAUUGACUCACGUUUCCUGCCAAGUUACC